AGAGGACAACUGGCGAGUGAGGGGUCGAGGCUAAGUCGCAAGCUUGCUAACGUUACAUACUUUUGGAAAUACGCUGAAAUCUGCUAACUACAGUUAAUUCUUAUCCUCAAUAAGCACCUUCGCAUUAAGUGAAAAGGCUGAUCUACACGCCCUUCUGCGUCCCUCCUUCUUACAUUCUUCCUGAAUGGAGUUUCUGAGGUUCUAGCUGUUGCUACAGGCAGGACCCAUGUCUUUUUUGCGUUGGGUCUCGGAGAAGCUGAGUGUGGAGAGCUUGAGGGAUCUGGAGCUGUUUGGAGAGCAAGCUCAGGGAAGCUCUCACUGGAAAGCCCAUGAAGACAGCCACGAGUCCUUGACCUCCCUCCCUCGCCGGGACACCAUGGGGAGUUUUCUGCCAGACAGCUCCUCCUAUGAGCUCCUUACCAUCAUAGGCAGGGGGCUGGAGGACCUGAUGACAGUCAACCUGGCCAGAUACCGUCCCACUGGAGAACACGUGGCCAUCCGCCGCAUAGACCUGGAGUCGUGCACCAACGACAUGGUCAACUACCUGCAGGGGGAGCUCCACGUGUCCAAGCUGUUCCAUCACCCCUGCAUUCUGCCCUACAAGAGCAUCUUUAUUGCGGAGAACGAGCUGUGGGUUAUCACCCCCUUCAUGGCCUACGGCUCAGCCAGAGACCUGAUCAGCACCCACUUCACUGAGGGCAUGAGUGAGCUGGCCAUCGCCUGCAUCCUGCUGAGCGUCCUGAAAGCCCUGGACUACAUCCACCACAUGGGCUACGUGCACCGGAGUGUGAAGGCCAGCCAUGUGCUGGUGUCUGCAGACGGCCAGGUCUACCUGUCGGGGCUCCGCAGCAUAUUCAGCCUGAUCCGGCACGGCCAGCGAGCUCGAGUCGUCCACGACUUCCCCCAGUACAGCGUCAAGAUGCUGCCCUGGCUCAGCCCGGAGGUGCUGCAGCAGAAUCUGCAGGGAUACGACUUUCGCUCCGAUAUCUACAGCCUGGGCAUUACCGCGUGCGAGCUGGCCAACGGACACGUGCCCUUCAAGGACAUGCCAGCCACCCAGAUGCUCCUAGAGAAGCUAAACGGCACAGUGCCCUGCCUGCUGGACACCAGCACCAUCCCCCCGGAGGAGCUCUCCAUGAAGCCCUCGCGCUCGGGGGCCGACUCUGGCAUCUGCGAGGGCCCCGGGGCCUGCGGGGCCCGGCACACUAACGGGGAGCCCUCCUCCUCCUCCAGCAGCCACCCCUACAACCGUACCUUCAGCCCUCACUUUCAUGCCUUCGUGGAGCUCUGCCUCCAGCGGGAUCCCCAAAAGAGGCCAUCUGCCAGUGCCCUUCUUGGCCACUCCUUCUUCAAACAGAUAAAACGGCGUCCGUCUGAGGCUCUCCCGGAAUUGCUGCGGCCUGUGUCGCCCAUCACCAGCUUUGAGUGCUCCCAGCUGCCCGACUCCCCCUCUGGCCUGGCCAGCUUGGAGUCCAGCCUCAGCCACCUGGAUGUGGAUGACUGGGACUUCUGACAGCAGAGAGGGGCAUAGGCCAAUUUUAACUAAAAGUGGACUUGGCUAAUUUUACUACCCCUGUAAAUAUUCAAAUGGAAAAAAAUAAGGACUUUGAUAAUGAAAGUGGAUAUUUGGUGGGAUGCUUUUCUUGACCCUGCUGUCUCUCAAGGGCUUCAAGACACAC